CAGAACUGUUGCUGGUCAUUUAUAUAUUGUUCACAUCAACCAUCAGAAUGGGGAUCUCAGUGAUUUUGGACCAUGGCAUAAUUGUUGGUGCCACAUGGGCUAGUUUGAGUCUUUCUUUAACUGCUGAUCUCCUGGGAACUUCACAGUCUCUAGAGUUUACUCAGAAUGGUGUGAAGAACACCAAAAAAUAAUAAUAAAGUGAGUGACAGUUGUACACUUGGGCUGCUUCUGAAAUCACAUACUACAUCGUAGGCGAAAAGCAGUACGCCAGAGGGGUAUGUCUCUCAGUUGUCGAGAAAUCCCCGGAUGGCGUACUGCUCCCUGCAAGAUUUUGUAGUAUGCAACCGAUGGACACUAUGGGAGUUUUUAAUGCCAUGACAAAAUCUAAACAUGCUUUAACUCGUUAGUUUAGGGGUGUGCCCACAUAUGCAAGCAUGCAGAAGUUAUUGUGCCUUUUUUUUAUUAUUAUUGUUCAUGUUUUUCCCUUUAUUGUUUUUCACUUUAAUUUACAGGUUGCAAUUUCACAAUAAAAAUAGGAAAAAAAAAGCUAUUGAUAUUUGGUCUUUGUUUGCAAAUACGUUUCUCUGAGCUAAUCUGAUAACUAUGCCAUGUUUGUUGAUUGGUAGGUGACAAAACUCAUCACUCUCUUGCAAGUGUAGUGAAGUUAUGUGAAGUUAUAUAAAGCUUCUGUGCUCAUGUGAUCUAAAAGGUUACAGGCAUUAUCUUAAUAGUGCGAGUUAGACUUGUUGGACAUGCUCUUAAUCUGCAUUUAGAGCACUAAACUGCAUUACGCCAGAAGAAGCUUGGCUGGAUCAUGAAGGUGUUGAGCAUCAGAGAGCUGAAGAAAGCUGAGGAAAUACUUAGACAUUACUUUCCCCAGUCAGAAGAGGCUUAUGGAUAUGUUUUUCUGAUGAAUCGAGUAGAAGUCGACCCCACAGAUGUGCUGGUGGACCAGUGGCCAGAUUUCAGUGUGCUACUCGUCAAACCAAAAAGGAAGCAGAAAGCGGACUUUGCCAAAGAGAUAUGCAUUUUUACCAAGAACGAAUCAUCUCUCAGAGCCAGUAUAGACAUUCUAGACUGGAAAGAGUACCUCAAUCUAAGUGUUGAUGUGCUGCAGGAGGAAAUGAUAAAGGCUGUAGCAUUGAACAAAGGUGUACCAAUGAAGGAAAUAUCUCUGUGCCACUUAAUGAGUCUUCAGGAUCCAUCUAACCUUACACUUGACAGGUCAUUUCAAGUGUCAUCAGUUAAGGAAUCAUUGGUCUGAUCAAUAGCAAAUGGAAGUUUGGCAUGGGUGAACUCAGUGAGCCACU